CAUGCAAUUACCAUCAAUUCCAGAAUUACUAGUUAACUUUAGACUUUCCUUAAGCACCAACAUUGUGAGUUGGUGUCAAUUAAUCAUGAUGCAAACUGAUAUUUAUAACUGCAUAUUCGCAGUGGCAGCACGAACUUACUGAAAUGUGCAGGUGUAACAUCAAUUACAGCGGAGUUCACAGUACAAUUUUGCUGUCUGAGACUGAUUUCAGGGACUGUAAAAGAUUUCUCCUCUUGUACGACAAAUUCCGCAGUCUUAUGACUUUCACAACAGCCAUUGCAUUUGCGAUAAAUAUUAACCUAAGAAAAGUGUCUGAAAUUUGCUUUGGGCGGGAUGAUGGCUCUGACCGAAGUCUUGGCUGUGAUGUGAAUCAGAGGUAUAAUCGUAGAUAAUACAAUAUGCUUCUGGCUUGAUGUUUGCUUUUCAUUUUUUCAUACCAGAACUAAAAAUGGCUUCCUGUCUUUGGAAGUGCCUAACAUGUCACUUUAUUCCAACAACAACAACAACAACAAAAAUACGCUUGUUACAACUUCUGAACUCCAGUAGGACCUUCCCAGGUAGACUUGGCAUGAAAUGAAAGUUGUGAUCAGCUUUUCGUUCCUAUUGUGAUGUAUAUCCGAGUGAAGCAGCUUCUUUAACAAGAAAAAAUGUUGGAGGACUUAAUUUUGACCAUCUGCAUUUCAUUGGAUUGUUGGCAUUUGGUAUUGCUGGGAUCUCAUGUGAAUGACGGGUUGAUGAAGAGGUGAGGUUUUAAUGCCCUGCCCUAGUGCAAGAACACAUCAUCAGAGAAAAUAAUGUCUGCAAAGGGGAGUUAUUUUUUUUUUUUUUUAAAGCCGCAUGUGGUUAAUGUCAUGAAUAUUUCACCUUUUUUGGUGUAAAUCAGUGAUCCUCAUUUUCAGUCCUCGGGACCCACCAUAAAUUUUGUAGGUCUUCCUUAUUCGACACACUUUAUUCGACUGUGUGCCGUAUAAGACAGACAUUCAAAAUCUGUAGCACAGUGGGUCCCCUGGACCAGAGUUGAGAACCAGUGUGGGUGUGGUUUACAAGCCAGAUGGUGUAAUAUCCUCGUAUUCUGCUGGAGGUUGGUGAAUGUACAGCAAUGAAAGACAUCAGGGUUGGUAAAGAGUCUGGAAGAGGAUCAUCGUAUUUAAACCUUUAAGCACUCAGAUUCUCGCUGUCAGCAAUAUUAGUCGAUGCUGAUUCCUUGUGGCUCGGGUCUGUCUGUCUCUGAGGUAUUAGAGGCAUCUAAUGCAUCUACACCCUCAGUAACCUGUGCAUCUGCCAAGCUGAGAGGACGCUGGCACCAUGAACAAGCUUAAAGGCAGGAGGCAAAGCCUUUUCCCUAACUAUAAACUUGGGGUCACAUUCCUUGCUCCCAAGGAUCCAGAGGACUCUGAGCUUCCUUUCGGUCAACACAACUGGGUAAAACCAUGGAAUUCGAUGCAGGAAUUAAGUAAGGAUAUAUAUGACAUCUAUGCAGAGUAUUAUGACGAAGAAGAGGAUAGACUAAUGUCGACUCCUAGUAAACUUUCCUCUCAAAAUAAAAAUUACAUGCUGAACAUCAACGUUGGAGGAAAGGUCUACCAGAUCUCUUACAGGGUAGCAGCAAAAUAUCCCAAGACAAGAAUUGGACGACUAGCGACGUAUACGGACCACAACAGGAAACUCGAUCUCUGUGAUGAUUACACGGUCCAGAACAAUGAGUUUUUCUUUGACAGGGAUCCAGACAUCUUCCACAACAUCUUCAACUUCUAUAGGACUGGAGUUCUCUGGAUUAAAGAUGAAUUGUGCCCACGCAAUUUUUUGGAGGAGAUCAACUACUGGGGUGUCCGUAUCAAGAACACCCAUCGCUGCUGCCGCAUUUCGUUUGAGGAACGGCAAGAUGAACUCAACGAACAGCUGAAGAUACAACGGGAACUCGAGGCAGAGGUGGAAACUGAGGAGCAUGAGGACUUGUUUCAGGAUAUGGCUUUCGGUCAUACACGUUUCCUCAUCUGGAACAUGAUGGAGAAGCCCUUCUCUUCAGUCAUAGCCAAACUCAUGGCAGUGGCAUCCAGUUUCUUCGUGCUGGUAUCUCUCGUGGCUAUGACUCUCAAUACGGUAGAGGGAAUGCAAUAUAAGACGACCACCGGCCAGCUGAGCGGGAAGACCUACUGCGAGUAUGUUGAGACUUUGUGCAUUGCGUUUUUUACGAUGGAAUAUCUGCUCCGGCUGGUGUCCACACCUGAUCUCAAACACUUUGCAAGGAGCGUACUAAAUGCUGUGGACCUGAUUGCAAUCCUUCCAUUAUAUCUUCAGAUGGCCCUAGAGUGUUUCGAGAAUGAAGACUAUGGGAAGCAUGGUAGCGAUAUUGAGACCGUAGGACGGGUUGGUAAAGUGGGGCAAGUUCUCCGCAUCAUGCGUCUCAUGAGAAUAUUUCGUAUCCUAAAACUAGCACGUCACUCAACUGGACUUCGAGCCUUUGGCUUCACACUCCGGCAAUGCUACCAACAAGUGGGUUGUCUUUUCCUUUUCAUUGCAAUGGGAAUUUUCACCUUCUCUGCCAUGGUGUAUACCGUAGAGCAUGAUAUGCCUCAAACAAACUUCACCAGUAUUCCACAUGCAUGGUGGUGGGCAGCUGUGAGCAUCUCCACUGUGGGCUAUGGCGACAUGUUUCCAGAGACUGCUCUGGGCAGGAUUUUUGCAUUUGCAUGCAUCUCGUUUGGAAUUAUUCUCAACGGCAUGCCAAUCUCCAUCCUGUUCAAUAAAUUCUCAGACUACUAUUCAAAGCUGAAAGCCUAUGAAUACACCUCGUCUCUAAAGAAUCGCGGGAAAGUGAGGUUUGUGAAAAGGGCUGCAAAGAAGUUUUCCGAAUGUUUUUAGGUUGCCAGGUGCUGACCUACUCUUUCCACAAGUGGACUGAUUUUUAAUUCAUGGACUUCUUUUAAAAAAAUUCAUACCGACUAGACCAAUUUAGUAACAGUCUUCAAACAAAUUAGCCACUGCUUGCUUUUGUACUGCUGGAUACAAUCAUAUUUAGUAACUUUAGUACUAUAAACAAAAGUACAUUUUUUUUUUAAACGAAUCAAUGCAUUUAGGUUGCCCUAACAAGGAUGCCAUUAAUAAAUACUUGCCUUGGCACAACAAUCGAGAUCAUUUAUUUAGUGCUAUUACUUUAUAGAUUUUUUUUUUUUUUUACAGUGUCAUUAAAAAUAACCAUUGCUAAUAUUAUGGGUAAUGUUAAAAGGAAGUUAUCCAGGGUAGACAAACACUACUUCAAAUAAUUAGUUGAAGGUUUUAACAUCCGGCUGAGCACAAGCUCAGUUUCAAUACUUAUAUAUAAUUUUGUAUAGACAUUUGUGAAGUUUUAAUAAAGAAAAGCCAAUUCAUGAUUUACAUCAACUGGUUUCCUGUGGAAGCUCUCUGAGCAGGACAGAUUGCAAAGAGAUUUCCUGUAAGAUUAAUUUCUGUAUUGGCAUGGCUAUUUUGCAAAAACAUACAGUGCUUUACAAGAAAUUAAGAACCGACAUCCUCACUAUAAUAGCUUUGUGUUAUGUAACAAUUACGCACCAUGCCCAAACUUGUUGACUCAAUAAAAGGUGGCCAUUGUGACAUCCAUAA